AUGUCGGGUCGCAAGCGGAAAACGGAAGAUGAUGGCAACAGUGGAGAAGAUGAUCGCAUGAGUGCUUCCCCUUCGGCCUCUCCCGCCGUCCUCCCACGCCCGGCGCCACGAGGCAUGAAGCGCAUGCGUACCAAUCUAUCCGGCCGCCCACUGCCCCUCCCACGCCUUCUCGAGACCCUCAGCGCCGACGAGAUGCGCAACCUGCUACAGUCCAUCUGCCAGCGCCACCCUGAUAUCGGCAACGAAGUCGUCACCACUGCACCGCGGCCCAGCACACAGUCGACACUCGAAGUGCUUGGCAAAUAUGAGUCGUCGUUCCAGGCUGCUUUCCCCUUUGGCGGAAAGCCCUCAUCAGACUACGCCUAUAACAGAGUGCGGCAACAACUUGUCGAGCUGCUGGAGUCGCUCAAGGACUUCACGCCCCACUUCCUUCCCCCAAACGAACAGCAGCCCGCCACGUCACUCGAAUUCCUGGACGGCGCAACCCAUUUCAUCCACCGUCUACCGAAUUGGGACACAUAUCAGCACAACCGACACAAGGAGGAGGCGUACGAAGAGAUGGCCAAGGCAUGGGCUAUUGUCAUUCGGGAGGCUGCCAAGAAAGCGGGAGGCAUACAAUUGCAAUACGGUGGAUGGGAUCAAAAGAUUGCCAAGCACAAUGAAUUGUCGAGUGGGAAGAUGCAAGAGGCCGUCAACGAGUUGCGUGGAGGCUUGGGCUGGAUGGGCACCGAAACGACGAAUACAGGGCCAGCCGCUGCCGAUGCCAUGUCCAUUCGACAGCAGCUGCUGAGUGGGAACUAUGGUAGCGGUUCUUCGGCAAGCAUAGGUGCAUGGUAG